GAGGAAUAUGCUGAUGCUGGACCGAGCGAUGCAUACGGCUGGAGAGAGAUGAACCAAACGAUUCGGGAUUGGAUCGAGCGCGACCCGUCCCAUCCCGUCCCGUCGUUCCCCCACCCACCUCCCUCCGCCGGCCGGUAGGCGACGCGCCCCGGAGCUGCUCGCCCCCCUCCAAGCUUCCCCGCCCCGUAUCCCCUUAUCAGCGCGGCGAGGUGCCCGGCGGCGACCGGGGUCCGGCAGCCCUAGUAGGAGCGCCGGCGCAUCGGGGAUGCCCCUGGUGGUAGCCGAGUCAUCCUCUUCGGGCGCUCCUGUGUUCCCGCCAGGGUUCGCUCUUCAGCCGGCCUACACUCCAACGGCCACCGCUCCGGGAAUGAACUUGGGACAACAUGCCGAUGACAUGCCGGGUAACAACGGUAGUGGCAAGCAGGCUGUUUGGACAACUGCCAUGUCGUCCUUUGUGCUUAAGUUCAUGGCUAACCUGGUGACUAGUGGAACUAGAGCCUCCAACAGUUUCAGGCAAGUUCAUCAUAAAAGCUGUGCAAAGGCUUUGAACGAGCGUUUCAAGCUUCAAGUAACUGCCGCUCAGAUUUCUAACCACCUUCGGAAGUGGAAAAGAAUAUGGGGAAGGGUUAACAAGCUCAAGAGCUUAAGUGGUGCUCUUUGGGAUGAGCAUACAUGCACCAUUGUGCUUGAUCAGGAGCAUUACGCCAGUCACGUUAAGGACCACCAUAGUGAUGCCGACUUGUUGAACACUCCGAUCGAGUACUAUCAUGAGAUGGCUACAAUCUGUGGUAACGGUAUGGUUUCAGGUGUAUAUGCUAGCAGGAGUAGCAAUGAGCUUCUUUCCACAGACGUGGCUGAUGAUGAAUUUGAAAAUGAAGAUACCAAUGGGGAGAGUGACCCUCUUGCUACAAAUGUGACUGAGAAUGAAAUGGAAAACAGAAAAACUAAUGAAGCGAGUGACCCUCUUGCUAUAGUUGUGAUCGAGAAUGUCAAAACCUGUGAAGAGGCCACACAAUCUUUUACUAACACUGAUGAAGGAAACUUUGGUGAUCCCUCUGGCAGUUUACCACCACCAAAGAAGGCCAAGAUGUCUCACUUGGAUUUAUCACAACAACGCGAUGCUCCAGCUAUGCAACCAGACGUGGGUAUAUCACAUGGAAUGAACUCGGAACAGCAUGCGGAUAACAUGGGGGGUACUAAUGGUGGUGGUGGGCAACUUGUUUGGACAAAUGCCAUGUCAUCCUUUGUGCUUCAGUUCUUGACUAACCUAGUGGCUGGUGGAACUAGACCCUCUCAUGUUUUCAAGCAAGUUCAUCUUAAAAGUUGUGCUCAAGCUUUGAGUGAGCAUUUCAGGGUUCAAGUAAAUGCUGCACAGAUUUCUAACCAUCUUAGGAAAUGGAAGAAAAUAUGGAAAAAGGUUAACAUACUCAAGAGUUUAAGUGGCGCUCUUUGGGAUGCAAAUACUUGCACCAUUGUGCUUAAUCAUGAGCAUUACACGGCUCACGUUAAGGACCACCAUCAUGAUGCUGAUUUCUUGAACACUCCAAUUAAGAACUAUCGUGAGAUGGCGACAAUCUUUGUCAAAGGCAUGGCAUCAUCCAGGCCAGCUAGGAGUAGCAACGAGUCUCUUGCUAGGGGCGUGCCUGAGAAUGGAAUGGAAAAUGAAAACUUGAAUGGGGUGAAUGCCCUUAUUCCUAAGGGUGUUGAAGAGGCCGCAAUGUCUUUUACAAGCACCGAUGAAGGGAACAGUGGUGAUUCGUCUGACAGCUUACCUCCCCCACCCCCACCAAAGAAAGCCAAGGUAAAAAACGAUGACAGGCUGCUAUGUACGAUGACCCGUGUUCUCGAUCGCCUAGCAGAAGCAAUAGAGAAGUGCAGUAGGAGAGACACUGAUGUCCCCGACGACCUUUGGGCUAACAUGAAGGGCCUCCCAGGGUUUGAACAGGAGCAUCUUGCCCACUACUAUGCUUAUUUGUGCGAGAAUGCUCACGUUGCCAGGGCAUUCGACAAGCUUAGUGUGCCUCACAAAACGAUCUGGGUUAAUAGGUACAUCAAGAACCACCUCUCGGUCUAGUUGGUACCUACGAUGGUAGGGUUGGGCUAUGGUAAUACUUCUCUCGUAGUUUUUUGUAUGAACCAUAACAUAGGAAUGCGGCUGAUCUUUAUAUGCGCGAUCCUGUACAUGCUAGAAGAUGCCAUGGUUUGGUAUAUGAUAAUUGGAGUUGGAGGAUGUCACAUGCUGAAUGCCUUGUUAAACUGUUAGAUCAGGCAGGCAUGGCAGGAUGAACCAGGAAGGCAAAGCAAUUUUGGGCCUGUUUGGUUUGGGACUUAAUUUGCCAUGACUAAGGUUAGGCGUUGGCCACACCCAUGGUGCGCCGUAGAAACUGUGGCGAACAAAACGAGUGCCGCACCUUAGGCAAAAAAAUCUGCUGCAGAAGCCCGUAUAGAUUGUGGCAAGCCAAACGUCAGUACAAAACCAAACACACGCCCAGGAGGUUGGGACUCGCCACACGUUUGGCCUGGCAACCGAUGGCCGGGAACCAAACAGCCUCUUUAUGUUUGAUGUUUCAACUGAUGCUGUUCUCAGCUCACUUGGUCAUUGUUGCCAUACUGUUGUUGGGACGCUUGCUGGUAUGUUACUAGUGACGACUGAUGAGUGGCAUGUGAUGAUGUAAUGCAAUUUCGUACACCAGUUUUGCACUCAGAAUUCGAUACAGUACAGAUACACAUAUUUUAAGCAAGGAGAGUUCGACCUUGCAGGCACUAAACAGCUACUUCCUCCAUCCCAUAAUAUAAGAGCGUUUUUGACACCACUACUUGUAGAUAAGAUCACUGACCAAAUCUCCAACAGCAACCAAAUACUAAUAAUCAGUUGUCAGCAGAUGAUAUCUGGUGCUGGUACUGUACUUGCCAGCUUUCGGAUGCAGCUGGUGAUGUCUUAUAAUUUUUAUAUUUUUUGUUGAGAAAAACAUGCAAAUUUAUUCAACAAUAGAGUACCUGGGAAAAUACCAGGGUACCUGCCAGUAUAAUUGAUACGUGCAUACACGCACGCGUGGUUGGUUACGAUCGACUUACGAAGCUUCGCGGUUAGUACCGCUCGUACUGCACUGGAGGCCAGCUUGUAGUUAUGUUGUAGCUUGCCGAUCGCAGCGAUUCGGUGCUCGAGCUCAGCUGAGCCCGAAAUCGCUGGCGUCCACCCCUCGCUUGGGAUUCGAGUAAUUCGCUCUGAGCAGCCUGACAGGAGGCGCUAGAAAAAGGACGUACAGGCUGUAUACGGUAUGGAACAGUGCAUGGUCAUGGGCCCAAAUCGUAUGCGCUUGCAGGCCACGAGCACGCGGGCGUCUUGGUCCGUGGCCCAGAUAGUUGUGGUCAAUUCUGAGCCGCUGAGGCCCCAUCCGAAACACACCCCAUUCCCCCGCACCGCCCCCAGCCCCAGGACAACCGUACCAAAAUCCGUUCAUUAGCUGCGGCGGACGCUGUCUCUCGCCGGCGAUGAACUAAUGGAAGGCGGUGGUCGAGAUUUUUUGCUGGAUGUCGCCGGCAGGUUCCCCACUCCGGGGAGGAGUUCGCCGCCAGCCUAGAACACCCAGAUCCAGUCCCUCUCGCUGUGCUGCGGACGGUGUUUGUGGUGUGGUGCUUUGAAGUUGGCCUGGCCAGUACUUUGUCUGGUUAACUGGAUCGGGGACGAAGCAGCAGGCACUGUUGCUCUUCCUCAUCCUCCUCCUUCCACCUGUUCGACGCAUAUCUUCUGUCUCGAACCCACGCAAGAACAUAGCAGAAGCGUCUCCGUCCAUGGAAGGCCUCAAGUUCUUCUUCGAAGAGGUCGAUUGAAUGGAAUAAUGCUUGUACUGUCCAGUUAAAUAUGGCGAGGCAUUCAACACCCUUCCCCGUUGCCGAGGAGGGGUGAUAUUGGUAACAUGUUUGCUGUUGGAGUUUUAGCCGAAUGGCAUCCUCGAGAUUCAGAAGAUGCUGGUGAGCAAGUCGUUCAGCUGGUCGCGGGGGAUGGAAGCUACUCAGGGGGCACAACAGAGACAAAAAAGCUGGAUGAUCUGUAUUCUAGGGAGACUGAGAUUGUGGCUGAUUCGGAUGUGCUGCAGCAUUCAGAUACUAUGCUGGAAGAGGGGGGUGAGGAAGGAGUUGGCCUUGGAAAGUACAACGGUGGCUCUUGGACGAAAAUGUAUUGUUGUGACUAGGCGAAUCUGUUUAAUGGUUUCGCAACCUUUACAUGUGAAAAAUGAACUCACGCUCUUGUGCAGAAAUCAAUUCCAUGAACUUGAUAUAUGAUAUACAUCGUUACUUCUGGCCUAUGUAGUUGUUUUUUAGAUGAAGAAUUCGAUUUUAAUUGGCUUUAAUUGUUCUUGCCAUGCUUUUUGUCGCGCCUGAUCUGGAUAUGCAGCAUUAGUGUAUCAAUCAAAAUUUAGUCUGAUGUUGUGUUAGUUAGUUAAUUUAGGGAUAGUAAAUAUAGGAAUAUUGGUCUAAAUGGGUGGCACAAUUUAAAUUUAAUGUGUCGCAACAAAACAUUUUUUCCUGGGCGCUUGAUUUAUAGUCUUUCGUUAUGCAGGGUAAUGGUUGUCAAAAAUCAUGAUGAAAGAGACAGGGACUCAAACAGAGUUUCAACAGUAGAGCCCUCUCUGCGGGCGUAUGAUGCAAGAAGUCGGGGGCUGUCGCUCAUCCAGCCACCGGAAUGAGUUUAAAUUCCCUUGAGGAGGGUUAUGAUUUCUACAACUCUUACUCAUGGGAAAGUGGAUUUGGUGUUUAAUAUGCAAGAGCAGACGUUUAAAUUCCCUUGAGGAGGCUUAUGAUUUCUACAACUCUUACUCAUGGGAAAGUGGAUUUGGUGUUUGAUAUGCAAGAGCAGACUUAAUGUUCAGAGGGAGAAGUGCAUGCAUGAAAUUGUGUACGGCUGUGUGGUUUGGACAAUCCGUUAAGGGAUAACAGUCGAUCAUCACGUUGCGGCUACAUGGCGAUGAUAAGGCUACUCUGGUCAGAUGACAACAGGUAUUAUGUGGCCGAGCACAGGAUAGAUCACAAUCACCGAGUGACAGUUAUUUGACUGGGCUUGGAAGGAAAUUUGCGAGGAGCCUGGCUCUGCUUCACUUGUUGUAGACGGGACAUCAUAUGUGGUUGACCAUAAAAUUGCUCACGGUGUACAGCUCCUAGUUUUUGUGAGCCAAAAAAAGCAAGUGGAGUGGCUCCUCAGAGUGAAGCGAUCAAGAGGUCUCGUGUGACCAUGGCAUCCCUGUCAAGCUUGCGUGCUUCUGAUGCAAGUCUAUUCCUCUGAUUUUUUUUGUUUCAUUAUUCUUUAUAUUGUGUUAGAAAUGAUGCUCUGUUUUUUAACAUAUUUCUAGUGGUGUGGUGUAGGGUGGUGUACGAGGUGAUAGUAAGAGACGAAGGAUUGGAAUUUGAGUGUGAGUGCGGACAAUUUGAGCACACAGGAAUGUUAUGCUGCCAUUUACUAAGGGUGAUGGAUGUUCUCCACUUGGAGGAGGUUCCCGCAAAACACAUCGUGAUGGAUGGACCAAAGAUGCAAGCAACAUAGUGCCCGCGCACCUCGUUCAUUACCAGAAAAACCAGUCGGUAAAUCUAUCAUUCACAUGCAGGUAUUCGACUCUGUAUAUGCAAGCAAUGGAUGUCGUUUGCUUGGGUGACACAAGUGCAGAAGCGUUUGAGCAUAUGUGAGCUGGUCUGAAUUCAUUGAUGGUGAGUGGGGCACCAUCUGUACAGAAAAGGGAUGGUUUGGGUUUUGAGGACCAUUUGGCAAAUCUGCCACUAGGAAAGCUUCGCAAUGGAGGGGUUGCAUUUUCAUGGAAUGGCGAGAGUGGGUGCCUCUCGGCCAAUGUGAAUGCACUUCAAGGACUGCUGCUCCAGAGAAGCAGAGGGGUAUCGACAGGCCGACUAAUAGCAGGGGGAAGGCACUGUAUAAGGGGCUGAGCAACCAGACGAGGUUCUGUGGCAUUUGUCGUCGAAAAGGGCACAAGCGAACGACCUACCUUGAUUGAGGGGAUGCCCUAAAGCAACCGCGUAAGUCGGGGAAGUUCAAGAACUGUUGUACAUAGGGGCACCACCGGAACACGUGCACCCGACCGCUAGGUGGUUCUUGAAACAAUAAAACGUGAUAGUUAAAUUUUCCAGUUUUCAUUCUUGCUCGUUAAGGGUUUUCCGGUGUGUUCUGGUGAGCAAUGCUGCACACUUGUUCCUCUGUUACUAGAGUUGAGGCCUCAUGUAUCAUUGAGUAGACUGUACUAUAUCUUUAAUGUUAUUCACUUUGUUUG